AUGUCUCCAACGUCCUCCCCCUCCCCCUCCGUCCCCUCAACUCGUUCUUCAUCCCCAGCCAAAGGAGAAGAAAUGCGUCUGGCACCCGUGUCGAGAAUCCUCACACAUAAAGAACGAAAAACUAGGAAACGACGUAAUACUUUUAUAUUCUUUCUAGGAGGACUUUUUGGUUUGGUAGUGGCGGGGUUUUUUGCCGGCAGAAAUGAUUUAAUUGAGUUACCGGAAAUGUUGGAAGGGAUUACCAUGGAUAGUUUGAUGGAUGUAUUGCCGGCAGGCUUUGUGAAGGAUGCGAGGGAUUUGGCUAAGGGAGAACGGGAAGCUGUGAAUUAUGAUUCAUUCUCUGUGGGAUUAUAUCUCAAGGCACAGGGAAUCCGUGCAAAUCAUUCGGUUAUUAUGGUCCCGGGUGUCAUAUCGACGGGAUUAGAGUCCUGGGGUACGACGAAUGCUUCACGACCUUUCUUUCGCAAAAGAUUAUGGGGAAGUUGGAGUAUGAUGAGAGCAUUGGUUGCGGAUAAAGAUGAAUGGAAACGACAUAUCAUGCUAGACAAACGUACGGGAUUAGAUCCACCAGGGGUCAAAUUGAGAGCCGCGCAAGGAUUCGAUGCCGCCGAUUUCUUCAUAACGGGAUAUUGGAUUUGGAGUAAAAUAUUGGAGAAUUUGGCCAGCAUUGGUUAUGAUCCUACGAAUAGUUAUACGGCGGCUUAUGAUUGGAGAUUGUCGUAUGCAAAUUUGGAAGUUAGAGAUCAAUACUUUACAAGACUAAAGACGCAUAUCGAAAUGGCAAAAAAAAUUUCAAAUAAGAAGGUCGUGUUGGUCUCACAUUCUAUGGGUGGUCAGGUGCUAUUUUAUUUCAUGCAUUGGGUAGCAUCUUCAAGUGGUGGGAAUGGUGGAGAUGAUUGGGUUGAUAAGCAUGUUGAUUCUUGGAUUAAUAUUAGUGGAUGUAUGCUUGGAGCUCUCAAAGGAUUGCCUGCAGUACUAUCGGGGGAAAUGAAGGAUACAGCUCAACUCAACGCGUUUGCAGUUUAUGGCCUGGAAAAAUUUCUUAACAAAGAAGAGCGAGCAGAACUCUUCCGAGCCAUGCCGGGAAUCUCCUCUAUGUUGCCCAUAGGAGGUGACGCCGUCUGGGGUAAUGCGACCUGGGCACCAGAUGACACCCCGGGUCAAGAAGUCAGCUAUGGACAAUUUUUGAAUUUUAAAAACCAAAAUACUUCAACGGGAUAUCGCAAUCUCACAGUAUCACAGUCUUUAGAAUAUUUGUAUAAUACCACAGAAGAUUGGUAUCAUAAGGCAGUUGAGGGUAGCUAUUCACAUGGUGUAGCUCAUACUACUGCUGAAGUAGAAGCAAAUGAGAGUGAUCCAACGAAAUGGAUUAACCCGCUUGAGACAAGAUUACCUCUUGCACCAAAUUUGAAAAUCUAUUGUUUCUAUGGAAUUGGCAAGCCAACCGAGCGCUCCUAUUUCUACCGACAUUCAGAUAACCCCCUUUCAUCCCUCAACAUCACAAUAGAUACCGGCUUAACACAAGCUAACAUAGAUCACGGAGUCAUUCUCGGUGAAGGUGACGGAACUGUCAAUUUACUGAGCGUUGGUUAUAUGUGUAACCGCGGUUGGAAAUAUCAUCGUUAUAACCCUGCAGGUGUAAAAGUUAAAACCUACGAGAUGCCCCAUGAACCGGAUAGAUUCAGUCCUCGUGGAGGCCCAACUACAGGAGAUCAUGUGGAUAUCUUGGGAAGACACAGUUUAAAUGAUUUAAUACUAAGGGUAGCGGCGGGUAGAGGUGAAGAAAUACAAGAGAUGGUUGUUAGUAGGAUUGCUGAGUAUGCAAAGAAUGUUAAGAUUGAGGAGGAAGACAAGUAUAAGGUGGCAGGAGAUGAUGAAAAUAAGGAGGACGCAAGACGAGGAAGGAUGACGGGAUAA